AUGUCAAGGAAGACCAAGAAGAGCGAGAAUGGGAAGGCAUUCGGUCAGAAGCGAGGCGGCAGUGGAAAGCGGCCGGUGUUCCGGGUUAAUAUUCGUAGCGAAGAGGAUUGUUUUGCAACGCUAGUUCUCCCGGCGCCUUACGUGCCCAUGCCCGUCUCGGGUCAAACUUCAAUCAUUAUUCACUUGACCACGCUACUAUUAGUAGCUACUACAACGGUGUAUUCGAAACCAGCUCCGGAACCGCCCGCAAGUUCGUACUUUCCACCGUCUAGUGGCGGCGGUGGCCUAAGCGGAUCCGGUAGUUACGGUCCUCCUUCGCUUCCGGAUCGCUAUGGACCACCACAACAACCGGCUGUCGUUCACAAACAUGUCUACGUCCACGUACCACCACCAGAGGCUCCUGAAUACAAACCACCAAAAUACAUUCCACCGGCCUCGCCGCCACAAAAGCACUACAAGAUCGUAUUCAUAAAGGCACCGACGCCACCAACACCAACAGCCCCAGCCCUGCCACCAUUACCUCCUCAAGACGAAGAGAAGACCCUGAUCUAUGUGUUGGUGAAGAAACCGGAAGAGGCGCCGGAAGUUGUGCUCCCGACCCAAGCGCCAACGCAGCCCAGCAAACCUGAAGUCUACUUUAUUAGAUACAAAACGCAGAAAGAACAACAGAAUGCAGAAUACGGACCACCCCCACAAUCGCCUCCUUCGGACAACUAUGGCGCCCCACCAUCGAGUCCUGGCGGUCCCUAUUAAAUAGUUUUACCAUGUGUAACCACGUUUCCUGUGAACAAAAUACUCAGAACUCACAACAUUUGAAUCUCAG